AUGCCGCAGAAGUGCAGGGCCUUCCUCGAGGAGGAGCUGGAGGACAAUGCCAUGGAGGCCGCGAAGGAGUUCAUCGCCACGAAGUUGCGGGUUGAGAUUGCAGAUUUCCGGUCCAGGAACGUGAAGGUGCGGAUUGUGGAGAGUGGCACAAGUAUUGAUGGUAAUUCUCAAAGCAUCACAGGAAGUGGAAUGUUCAGAGCAUCGGCUUGUGAGCUGGAGCGGUCCGGUGUGAGCCUUCUGGACUUGCCGAAGGCGGCUUCCAGCAGCAGCAGCAGCGACGAUGGAGUCUCCUCUUUGGCGGUAACCAGCGUGAUGCAGGCGUGCGGGUCUGGCCGCUCACUUUCUCGGUCCCGACCCUGCGAGGUUCCGGCUUUGGGAGCUGCCGCCACAAGAGGUCGCGCUCCCGAACCCCACACAUCGACCGUGGCGGGCGCUGCCGGAGUUGCCGGCCCCGCGGCAGGUGCACGGAUGUGA